UGGGCGACGCGUUCUUGCAGUGACGCGCGCGCGUCACUCUGACGACACGCGAAGGGCACACAUCUUAGGGCCCGGAGGACGUUCGGCCUCUGUGAGCGGCAACCUUUCCGAGGGAGUGGUUGGGUGAUCGCCAUCUUAGGGAAAAGAUGUUCUCGUCCGUGGCGCACUUGGCGCGGGCGAACCCCUUCAACGCGCCUCAUCUGCAGCUGGUGCACGAUGGCCUCGCGGACCUCCGCAGCAGCCCUCCGGGGCCCACAGGCCAGCCCCGCCGCCCUCGCAACCUGGCAGCCGCUGCCGUGGAAGAGUACAGUUGUGAAUUUGGCUCCGCGAAGUAUUAUGCACUGUGUGGCUUUGGUGGGGUCUUAAGUUGUGGUCUGACACACACUGCUGUCGUUCCCCUGGAUUUAGUGAAAUGCCGUAUGCAGGUGGACCCCCAAAAGUACAAGGGCAUAUUUAACGGAUUCUCAGUUACACUUAAGGAGGAUGGUGUUCGUGGUUUGGCCAAAGGAUGGGCUCCGACUUUCAUUGGCUACUCCCUGCAAGGGCUCUGCAAGUUUGGCUUUUAUGAAGUCUUUAAAGUCUUGUAUAGCAACAUGCUUGGAGAGGAGAAUACUUAUCUCUGGCGCACAUCACUAUAUUUGGCUGCCUCUGCCAGUGCUGAAUUCUUUGCUGACAUUGCCCUGGCUCCUAUGGAAGCUGCUAAGGUUCGAAUUCAAACCCAGCCAGGUUAUGCCAACACUUUGAGGGAUGCAGCUCCCAAAAUGUAUAAGGAAGAAGGACUAAAAGCAUUCUACAAGGGCGUUGCUCCUCUCUGGAUGAGACAGAUACCAUACACCAUGAUGAAGUUUGCCUGCUUUGAACGUACUGUUGAAGCUCUGUACAAGUUUGUGGUUCCCAAGCCCCGCAGUGAAUGUUCAAAGCCAGAGCAGCUGGUUGUAACAUUUGUAGCAGGUUACAUAGCUGGAGUCUUUUGUGCAAUUGUUUCUCACCCUGCUGAUUCUGUGGUAUCUGUGUUGAAUAAAGAAAAAGGUAGCAGUGCUUCUCAGGUCCUCAAGAGACUUGGAUUUAAAGGUGUAUGGAAGGGACUGUUUGCCCGUAUCAUCAUGAUUGGUACUCUGACUGCGUUACAGUGGUUUAUCUAUGACUCCGUGAAGGUCUACUUCAGGCUCCCUCGCCCUCCUCCACCUGAGAUGCCAGAGUCUCUGAAGAAGAAGCUUGGGUUAACUCAGUAGAUAGAUCAAAGCAAAUGUGGACUGAAUCUGCUGGUUGAUCAGUGUUGAAGAAAGUGCAAAGGAACUUUUAUAUAUUUGACAGUGUAGGAAAUUGUCUAUUGUCUAUUCCUGAUAUAAUUACUGUAGUACUCUUGCUUAAGGCAAGAGUUUCAAAUUUACUGUUAAAAUAAAUCCAACUCUUCAUGA